CAACCGUUGAUAUGUAACCUGUAACGCUCGAGUAACACCUCCAGGAAGCUGGUACGAGAAGCCCCAUAUUUGUCAUAAAAUGGGACGGUUUGGCCUCCUCCGCUACAUCUCUUCCCUUCCCUCACCCAGGACAUGCUGCCUCCACCAAAGGGUCUUCACAGGUUCCCACCCCUGUUACCAGAACACCGUCCUGGGUCACAGCUGCCAGUACAGUAGGGGUGUGAGCACAGCCCUCAGCCAGCACAUACAUGACCUGAGCGGCCCUGAGCAGAGACUUUUGACAAAACUGUACGAUGGGCUGAUCGGAGGACAGCGGGCGUCUCUGGCUGAGUCCAUCACUCUAGUGGAGACGCAGCAUCCCAGGAAGAAAGAGCUGGCCCAGGUGCUGCUGCAGAGGGUGCUGGCUUACAGGAUUGAGCAGGAGAGUCGCAAUGGAGGGAAGCCAGUGGCCUUCAGAGUAGGUCUGUCUGGUCCUCCUGGAGCAGGGAAGUCGUCCUUCAUCGAGGUGGUGGGGAAGAUGUUGACAGGACGUGGACAUAAAGUGUCAGUGCUGGCAGUUGAUCCGUCGUCUUGCACUACAGGAGGGUCUCUGUUGGGUGAUAAGACUCGUAUGACUGAACUCUCCAGGGACAUGAAUGCUUUCAUCAGACCGUCACCGACUUCUGGGACACUUGGUGGAGUCACCAGAACAACCAAUGAGGCCAUCGUUCUCUGUGAGGGGGCAGGAUAUGACAUCGUCCUAGUAGAGACUGUAGGUGUGGGCCAGUCAGAGUUUGCAGUAGCUGACAUGGUUGACAUGUUUGUACUGCUGAUUCCACCAGCAGGGGGCGAUGAACUCCAGGGUAUCAAGAGAGGCAUCAUUGAGAGGGCAGACUUGGUGGUGGUGACAAAGUCAGAUGGAGACCUGGUGGUGCCAGCCAGGAGGAUCCAGACUGAAUACACCAGCGCACUCAAACUGCUUAGGAGACAAUCCAAGUCCUGGAACCCCAAGGUGAUCCGUGCCUCCUCUCACAACAGUGAGGGCAUCCCAGAGGUCUGGGCCAAGAUGGAGUCAUACCGGGACGCCAUGUUAGCCAGCGGUGAACUGCAGGGCCGACGGAGGGCCCAGCAAAAAGUUUGGAUGUGGAGUCUGAUCCAGGAGACCGUCCUCUGUCAUUUCCAAAAUCACCCCAGUGUCAGAGAGGCUCUACCCCAACUUGAGGAGAAGGUCACCAACGGGGCUAUCUCUCCAGGCCUGGCUGCUGACCUGCUUCUGAAAGGCUUCUCGUCAUCAUCUUCAUAGUGAACGCUGGGACUGGAUGGAUGUUUUACGGUUCAUUAGGGCCACUUGGUGCCAAAAAACACUAGGACAGAGUGAGAAUAUGCGACCUUGACUCUGUGGUUUGCACAAAAAGAAGCAGCCUUGCUGUUUUUACACUUAAUUUGAAAUUUAAAAUAAGUGAGGCAGAAGUCACCCCUUCCACAGAGACUCAGUUUCAUCUUGCUUUAAUCCAAAUCAGGAGAGGCCUGACUGAGCAGACAGUUUUCAUGUCUCACCUUCGGCUUCAAGACAUAUUCACAUAUGGACAGUGGAGGGAAACGAUGUAAAAGAGUUCUGCCAUCAUCCGUUUUUUCUGAUGUUUUCUAAUGUAAAGAAGAUACUGAGACUGUCUUCUUGGACUAGAACACUAAAGCCCUCAUGAACAGUUUUAAUGAAAUCAGUACGAAACAUACGGACGAUUGUAAAGGCCAUGUUAUUACACUUGGAAAACAGCCUGCACAAUACUGACCACUUUUACAAAGUGUGUCUUUAGAAGAAGCUGUCACUUGUUUUUCCGGCCAGAAAUACUGACAUGACCAAUACUGUAGUGAGAGUAUGAUACGUGGUAAACAAUUCACUGCCACUGGCACUCUUGCCCAUAGAUUGAUUUACAAUUUAUAACCGCAAAGGAAAAGUUUUGAAGAACGGAUAAGGUUUAGAGCAGCGGGAUUGUACAGUCAGUUCUCUUGAUGAACUGCUGUGGACUUCGCUCCAAUAACAAACACAAAUUCUCUUGGACAACUGCACUUUCAAGAUGCUGAUUAUGCUGUGAAUCUUAAAUGGAUAAGUG